UUUGUCUAAAAUUACAAGAUGUGCUUUUACUUCGGACAUGAUAGUUUAUCAGAGACCUGGCCUUUUCUUAUUGAUAGUGGACCUUAAGGCAAACAGAUAGUUUAUAUUUGCUAAGGUCUAAGUAAAGACAUGUUAGUCCUUUUUAAACAGAAAAGCGACGGGCAAUUUUAAAAGCAUCGCGUUUCUUUAUGAAAACUUUCGGCGAAAACGGAUUUAUAUUAAACCAUUAUAACACAGAACGUAUUGAUGGAACAUGACACAUUCGAAUAUAAACAAAAUGUAGAGAAUAUCAUUUAUUGGAAAUGAGAUAGUUAGAUAUCUUGGAUUCUAACUGAUUAUAUGUCAGUUUAAUUUUCGAAAGAACGUCGUAAAUUGGAUUCGUAUUGCUGGAAAACUAUGGUACAGAAGACGAACAAACGUAAAUCAGUACAUCGUUGGAUAUAUUAAAAUAUGCAAAUUUGGAUUAUUUGACCAUGUCAUUGACUAAUACAGCGGCCGCAACAGCCACUCUAUGCGAGCAAAUCGCUCUUCUCAUUAUUCGAUCCAACGAUGACCUUGUGGGCAACACGACCGAGAGAACGAUCGGUACCCACGUGAGCAUCAAAUGCCUCCCAGGCUAUGGGUUAUCCACUGAAUCCAGCUCCGACGUGCUUACUUGUCUUCGCCCCCUACCACCAAGCUCUGUGGCUACAUGGGACAAACCAGUGCCAACAUGUUCGUAUUUACCAACAAGUGGAACAAGUCUCUCAGAAGAGGCUACCAUAAUACUCGUAGCGUCCUUGUUUGGUGCGGUCAUCUUGACCUUAUUCAUUAUUGUCGUCUGCUGCGUUGUCAAGUGGAGAAGAGACAAGAUUGAAAGAUAUAAAUGGAUGUCCAGGGAACAGAAAAUAAAUAAUGGUGAUAUAAUAAGUCUUGCUGAUAUGGGUGGGGGCAAAGCCAUGGUUGCAGCUGGUGGGAGGGGUGGCUUCCAUGAUGGCCUUUAUGCAACGUUCAGGGGAAGAGAUGAAAUGUCAGAGUUCCAAUAUGGCGAAUCCGGAUUUCCCCGGGGAUUUUCUUCCCAACAUUUGGCGCACCACGGUAGUCGUCCAGACAUGGUCCACAGUAUACAUAAUGGGUAUGGUCCAGCAAGGUCAAUGAGGUCGGUAAGGAUGUUUGGAAGCCGUCCAGAUCUGUUUGAUAACAGGUCAAGGGCAGGAGGCAUAACCCUAUACGAAUCACAACGCCCUUUAGCCGCCCAUUCAAAAUCUAGAAUAUAUGAACCCAACAACAGCAAUUUUGCAAUCCCACGGCCACAAGUUUGGGAGUCUGAUUAUGGAGCUCAUGGACUGGAUAAAACAAUGUUCCCUUCCUAAUGCAAGCAAGAGAACAACAUGUAUAUAAUAAAACAGACCACGUCUGUAAAGCUCCAGGUGUUCUGGGCAACCCAUGUCUUCCUACUCUUGCCGAAGUAUUCGUAUUCGAUUUUGAUCGAUUUUCAAAUUACAAUUCAAUUUUAUUACUUCAAGAGAUCACUGCUCUUAUUAAUGUAAUGCCAUUCGAUAGCAAGUCGCUAGUAGUCUCAGCUGUAUUAAUUGGCUAGCCUUUAUGGCUCGGGGGAAGAGCAUCUGACUCGAGAGCGGAAGGUCCUGGGCUCGAUUCCCGUUUGGGGCAUUGACAUUUAGCACACACAUUGAAUUUAGCACACUCUCUUUCGAGUCUAGUUUCUGGCUCGGUACACUACAGCUUCCCGACGGACGUGCCCAAAGGUCGUUACAUU